GGGUGGGCGGAUGAUUUAUUACGUGAUGAAAAGCUCCCGACCCUUCCACUAACCGCAAAUUGGCCCAUAAGACACACGCUGAAGCCAAAACCCAUCAAGGAAUAUUAUACUAACAACUCCUCGAUGGGACGACUCUUCAACAACAAUCUUGCAGAUGUUUGUGCGUGCGUGCGUGUGUUUCUGGGUGUGCACGCGUGUUGAUGUAAAAGUGCUGAAAGGAGGCGUUUGGAUUUGAUCAGGCCGUGUACUUUGUAAUUAACAUGUUUGGAUUGCAAUAGCGGUCAUCGCCACGGAGGUGUUAAAAAGGGUUCAUUAACAGAGCCCUUCGGUGCGAUUCGAGGGCUCUUGGCGCAUUGUCACUUUCUGGAUGGUUACAAGAGGCGGAAGGCCGUCCAGUUUUAGCAGUUUUUAUAAGAAAACAACUUAUAGAAAAAGAAAAUUCAAGAGCUUCUUAAUUACGGUGCACGAGGAAAUCAAUCAGUGUAAGGAACUGCCAGCAACUGCAUCUCCCGCAAUUGUAAUCAUUAUGGAUCCAUGGAGUGUACUUGAAUACAGUGUAAAUAUUAAAUGAGAAAGGAAACAUAUGUUCUGUGCAAAUAAACAUCUAGUGAAAAGUAUCUGCUCACGCUCAUUACUGAUAUAUUUGUAAAGGUGACGAAAUUACGGUCAUACAUUUAUGUCUCAUAAUUUAUGAAUACACCGUCUACAUGUAUCAUCAGUUUGACAGUGCAUCAGCGUUCACACCUCCCACAUGAUGUUUGUAUUGUAAACACAUGAAUGCUCCAUGAGGGAACAUAUUUAUUAAAAUGCCAAGACCUUUAAUAAAGCGGUAAUUGCAUAAAAAGGCAACAUUUUCCACAAUAUUUUCAAAUUUCUCAUUAUCCCACAACGCAAGUUUAACUCACAAAUAAGAAUAAAUGAGUGAAUAGCGAAGAAAGUGAUUCGUUUCUUUUUACACACCGAGAGGCUUUAUACCAGCGGAAUUUAAAUCAAAAGGAACCACUCACCCUCAUCAUUGUGGAUGUAGAGUAAGUCCAAGGUAUACGUCUGCAGGAGAAGCGAGCCAUCAGCAAUAACAAGAAUCCAGUCAGUAUCCUGAUACGUAUAAAGUUCGAAAUCAAAGACUGGAUGUGUAUAUCCGACGGCUACAUAUUCUUCUAAAUGUUUUUCUGCACUAUACUUGCAUACAGUGCUUGCGAAUGACUCUGAAGUACAAUAUAGUUUAUUAUUGAUUUUACUGAGAAAACGGCAAGAUCUACAAAAACAACAACAGUAAAAAACAGAGACAAAUAAAACGUCCUGACUUCCAUACAGUGCUCGCGAAUGAAUUUGAAGUACAAUAUAAUUUAUUAUUGAUUUUACUGAAAAAACCGCAAGGUUAAAAAAAUAAGCAAAAACAAGAGACAAAUAAAUAAAACAGCCUCCGAAUGCAAAUUUUAGGUAGAAUCUUUAACUGAAACACAACCCAGAGAAAAGCCUUCAUUCCGAACGCCGCAAGACCUUGCAAGAGGCACUCUCGAACGACACACCCUUCUGGAACCCAAAAAAGCAAGAGGGACCCGGACCCGAAAAUGAACGGGGGCGGUGCAGGAGGGGCAGGGGCAGGCAUCGGGUAUCCUACGACGGAGAAGGGCGCCCGCAAACCCAAAUGCGCACGCUGCAGGAACCACGGCAUGAUCAGCUGGCUCAAGGGCCACAAGAGACAUUGCAAGUUCAAGGACUGCACCUGCGCCAGAUGCAAUCUCAUCGCCGAGAGGCAGAGGGUGAUGGCCGCACAGCAGGUCGCCCUGAAACGGCAGCAGGCAGCCGAGGACGCAAUAGCGCUCACUUUCCGCGUGGCAGCUACCGGAGACGCCUGCCCCUUCCUGCCACAGGGCCCCAUCUUCGGGCUGCCCGUCACCGAACCUCAGGUCAAAGACAUCGAGGUGUCAAUCGCCGACGACGAGGUGUCCAGCGACGUGAACGUGGUGUCCCCGGGACGAUUGGCCGCUUCCCCAGCGAUGUCCCCGACCUCCACAUCGAGAGCCACGCCUCCUCACCUUCACCACGCCCAAACUCCUCCCCGCCUCCCGAGCCACGCCUCUCCGCAAGCUCCCUUGCAGGCUCCACCACCUCAAAGCUUGGCGCAUACUUCGGCGUCGCACUUCUCCGCACCCGCCACAUCGCAGGUCCCGUCGCAAACGAGCAUCACUGCGACGCGCCAGGAGCCAGUCUCGGAGGGACCUCCAGCAUCUUCGUCGUCUUCAUCGUCGUCGUCGUCGUCGUCGUCAUCUUCAUCAACUUCCUGUGGUGGUGGUGGUGGUGCCGCCCCGGAGACUAAUUCCACGGCCUCCGAAAGGGAGAACGCCUCGACGUCCCUCGCUCGAGAGACCCACCACCAGACGCGGGAGGAUUCUCUCAGGUGCCAAAGCCCGACCCAAGGGGAAGCCAAAGGCAGCAAGAGGAGGGACGACCUGCCCGGAACUGACAUCGAGGGCAUCGACGUCUUGAUGAAGAUCUUCCCAGGGGAACGCCGGGGCGUCCUCGAGCUCGUUCUCUCGGGUUGCGGGGGUGAUCUGCUGAGGGCCAUCGAGCAUUUUUUGUCGGUGGGCGAGGCGCUGAGACGUCCGUCAAACGCCGGCGUCCUUCCCCGACUCUCGGACCACCCCACCAGAGCGCUCUCGCCGCCCAAACCGAGCCUCGGUAGCGCCAAGUCAGCCUUCACGCCCCUGACCACGGGCGGCCUUCCACCGCCGGCGCACCAGAGCAGCUUCUUCUCGCCCGCUCUGCCGCGGCCUCCUCUCUACGGCGACGCCCGACUUGGGCCUCCGCUUCUGCCCCUAUCGUACCCGCAUCUCCUGCCCCCGCUGCUGCCCGUCUUGCCCCCGCUGCCCUUCCACAGACACUACCACCACGAUUCGUCGCCUGACCCCGCCGACAUCAGGGACGCCGAUCCCAUUCGGACGCAAGACCACCUUCAGGAUGCCUAUCCGGUUCGACACGACCUCUUGGUACGACCUGACCUGAGGUUAAAUCUCGACUUACGACCCGACAUCCGAAUGAGGUCGCCAGCAACAGACGACAGCGCUUAGAUUCACUCAAGGGAUUUCAAGCACACAGAAUGAAAUGUUAUAAAAAUAAGAGAUUAAGUUAAGGUCAUAUGCGACGAUUUAUAAACUUGAUGUUUCAGUGUUAGUUUAGGCCUAAAAGUAAAUGCAAAAUCUGUCAUUUAUAAUUCUCGAUUUUACCACCAAAUUACUAUAACGCUUUCCGGUGUUAUUCAGCGCCCACUUUCACAUUACCUUAGAACCUCUACACAAUUCAAUGUUGUGAAAAACCUUAAAUUAUCCCCAGCUUUACAAAUUCCAUCUUAUAGCUAUCUAUAAAAAUAUCAAGACCUGCAAUCUUAGAUGAAGAGGAAAAUGUCAAUCGACUUAUCCUAGUGUUUUCACGGUAAUGCUCCUGUAAAAACUACAAUUAAAAAAAUAUUUCCUUUCCCUUUACUGUAAAAAUUUAAGUGAUUUAAUGCUGCCUGCAUUAACUUACUUUAUAAAUAUCAA